ACUGAGGUGGGCUGAGAGUGGGACUAGGAAUCACUGAUGGCAGGGAUAUGGCAGGUAGCUUUGCAGACAGCUGUGUGGGGGAAGGGAGCGAUCUUGUGGACAUGUUUAGUCAGCCCCAGAAGCCCUAAUGGGUAGGUUUCCUGUUGUCUCUGUCUCCCCUUCAAGCACCUCUCUCUCUUCCUGUGGACGCACUUGCUGACCUUGUUGCUCAACCCCAGGCGGACAAGGAGGAUGUAAUCCUUUGCGCCAUCCGAACUUGCAGUCGGCUUUUUGGAGCACUCCUGGAGAGGGGGGAACUGUUUGUAGGCCAGCUGCUGGAAGAAGAUACCUUUCUCACAGGAAAGACAGUGUCUGGUUGAUAAUUACAGUGCAGAAGAUAAGUACAAAAUAUGGAUGAGGCAUCGUUAUAAUAGUUGUGUCAACUGUUUGGUGGAGCUGAUGAGCCAUGAGUCUUUUCAGGUCAAGGAAUUGUCACUCUUAACACUUAUGAAGUUUGUUGAGUUGGAAGGGAAAUACCCUUUGGUCAAAGCAGAAUGGAAGGGGAGUUUCAUUUUCCCUUGUGAGUUUUUAAAAUUAGUUGUGGAGAACUUAAUCCCUUGUGAAGAGGACUCUUCACUCCUGAUUUCACGUUUCCAAGAAUACCUAGAGUAUGAUGAUGUUCGGUACUUUGUAAUGAAGGCUGUCACUGAAAAUAUUGGACAAGUCAUGCAGAAGACUAAAGAGGUUCUGCUUCCAAUUUACCAGCAGAAUGUAUUUUCCCUCAUUUCAUCAAUUAGCAUGCCAAGCAAAGAGAAUGAGGUGGUCCAUUUUAUGGUAAAGCAAGCUAACCAAGAAGAAUGGAAGGUAUUGAAGUUAAAGGAGCAUAAACGGGCCUUUGAAAGGAUGUGGCUUGGAUUUCUUAAACACAAGCUACCUACCAGCCUUUACAAAAAGGUUCUUGUAAUUUUGCAUGAUUCUAUCCUGCCUCACUUGAAUGAACCUACUCUCAUGAUAGACUUCCUGACAGUCGCCUAUGACAUAGGUGGAGCAAUCAGUCUCCUAGCCUUAAAUGGGUUAUUUGUUCUGAUUCAUCAGCAUAACCUGGAAUACCCUGACUUCUACAAGAAGCUGUACAGCCUCUUAGAUCCUUCCAUAUACCAUGUGAAGUACCGAGCCCGGUUUUUCCAUUUAGCCGAUUUAUUUUUGUCGUCAUCGCAUUUGCCAGCUUACCUGGUGGCAGCAUUCAUAAAGCGCCUCGCCAGGUUGGCCCUCACUGCUCCUCCCCAGGCUUUGCUGAUGGUCAUUCCCUUCAUCUGCAAUCUUUUCCGGAGGCACCCAGCUUGCAAGGUUCUUGUGCACAGACCUGACGGGCCUGAAGAUCUGUCAGAAGAUCCAUACAUUAUGGAUGAGGAAGAGCCAUCUGAAAGCAGGGCUUUGGAGAGCUCCCUCUGGGAGCUGAAGGCCCUUCAGAGCCACUAUCACCCUGAUGUUGCCCAAGCAGCUGCUGUUGUGAACCAGUCACUGUCUGAACUAGAAGAUGAUAUAUCGGAGCUCCUGGAGCUAUCUGCCUAUGAGCUUUUUGAUAGAGAAAUAAAGAAAAAAGCCACCACCGUGCCCCUGGAGUUUGAACACAUGAAAGGAUUGUUUGGCAAGAAGAACGAUCUCUUCGUGGAGCAUUUUGCGUUAGAAUGAUACUGCCUUUUGAUAAUAAAUGGUUCUCUGUGACUGACUGUGGAAGACACAACUAACUGUUUUGGCUAUGAAGUUGAUAGACUAGGUGAGAUGCUCCUGUGGUCUUUGCCAGCUUCUGUAAAUGGAAUCUUCCUCCUCAUUUCCAUAACAAAUUUCUUGUUUUUCAGUUGCUCCCUUUUGCAUUUUAUUUUCAUCUCCUGCUUGGGGUUAGUAAGAGAUUUUCUCUAUAGACAGUUAAUCCAUAAUUAUUCACUGGUGGGUUCUUGCACCUUCCUAUGAAGCAUCUGUUGUUGGUUAUUGUCAUUGAUUGGAUGCAGGGCUGGAUGGACCUGAUCAGCCCUGGAAACACAUUCAUCAUGUCUGGCCAUCUGUGGAAGCGAUGGGUUUGGUAGCCACAUCAGCCCAUUAAGCCUGAGUCCUGCCCAGGUUUCACUCCUCUUGUAGUGUAGGAGUUGAUGCUCUUCUAGUGAAUCUCAAUAGAUGGCUUGUAAAUUGGUAUCAGGUAAUGACACUGUAACCAUCAUUGUCUGUGUAUAGUUGACAAACUUCAGAUAGGAAUAAACUAAUUUAAUCCAAGAAGUAUUAAUAACUUUUACAACUGACUACAUCUAAUGUGGUGUCAAUAGGAUCAAAUUUUUGCAUACAUAUCAGUCAGUUGGUACAAAGUUGCAUUAGAACAUUACCACAGGCUUACUGAGACUAAACUCCUGGUUUGAUCCUGUGCUGAUCUUGGAUUUAUCUGUGGAAUAAUGAGUUGGUUAAACAUAGUUCCGCUUACACCUUGGAGGAGGAGGAUGAGCCAGUGGAAGCCUGAAUACCAGUCAGGCUUUAAAUAGUACCUUUCCACUGUUUGAUGCAGCUAAGUUGAACAGUUUGAUAAAGCCCCGGACCUAGAUUUCCAGAAGCCAUGCCGAAAUUUCCUUUGCUGUUGAUUUAGGUUUGAAUCUUGCAAAAUGUUGAGUGUACAGCCAGAAAUCCAGCUAAAUACAUGCUUAAUUUUAAGCACAAGAGUAGUCUCUUUUAAAUCAGUGGGAUCCAAUGGUCUUUCACAAAUUUCUCCUGUCCAGUUAAUUUUUAGCUUUGUCUUUCAGCAUUUUGAACAUAAAAAAUGUGUUCAUCCUCUGAAAGAAGCAGGUAAAAGAUGGUAGAGACCUGAUUUUGGAAAGGGGUGAGAGGACACAAGUAGAAAUUCUGCAGAAGUUGGGGCAGAAUAUAUCCUACGACAGUGUCUUCUAACAGUGUCCAUCGUUACAUGUUCUCCAGGCUAUUAAGAGUGGAACACAUAACAAAUUACCAAGGGCCAUCUACAAGCAAUUAAAUAGACAAUUUCUACUAGUGGCUCAGGGAGUUGUUAUCCUACUUCCCAUAGUGCAGUGCUCAACUUCUCUCCUAGGCUGUUUGCCCUUUGGCACCUCCACUAUUUUCAGUUCAGAUAAACUUCCAAAAAGUUUGGCUGGGAUAUUUAAGGGAUCUUUAGGGAGGUAGGUGCUGAAGUCUAGUUAAAUUUCAGUAAGAACAGGACACCUAACUUCCUUCAGUUCCCUUGGAAGUUCCUGCCUUCGUUAUUGCGUCUCUCACAGGACUGUGGUCUCAGCUGGUCUUUUCUCUCUUCUCUGUCUUCUGCUAUGAAUGGAAGGGUGAUGCUGUGGUUGUGACACUAGCCAGUCCCUUGGAAGUCUUGGCGUCAGGCUUCACUUCCUUAGCUGUAAAACGGGAGUGCUAACACAGCCCUACCUCACCGGGAUGUUGUGAGGCUCAUUAAAGAUUAUGAGAUGCUCAGACAUGAUAGUUACAGGUGCCAUGUAAGGACCUAAGAUAUUCUUGAAUAAACAUGAGUUGGAUUUUUAA